CCUCCUCCUUUCCCGGGCGAGCAUGGAGAGCCGCGGCGGAGAGGAAGGCUCCCUAGCUCAGGGGCGCCCGCAGGAGACGCGCUAGGCCAGGCAGCCCCAGCGCCCUCCCCAUGUCGGGCGUGCGGAGGAGGCAGGCGGCCGCGGGGCUCUCGCCGUCGGGCAGGCAUGGAAUGUCUCAAGAGGAAGACGCCUGCAGGAAUCCCCGGUUUCAUUUCGACUUGUGGUUUUAUUUCACUCUGCAGAACUGGGUGCUGGAUUUUGGGCGCCCCAUUGCCAUGAUCGUGCUUCCAUUGGAAUGGUUUCCCCUGAACAAGCCAAGUGCUGGAGAUUAUUUUCACAUGGCUUACAAUGUCAUAACACCCUUCAUUCUUCUGAAGCUCAUCGAAAGGUCCCCCAAGACUCUCCCACGGUCCAUGGUGUACAUCUGCAUCAUCAUCUUUGUCAUGGGAGCCAGCAUCCACCUGGUGGGGGACUCUGUCAACCACCGGCUGAUCUUCAGCGGCUACCAGCUCCACCUGUCCGUCCGGGAAAACCCCAUCAUCAAAAACCUCAAGCCGGAGACUCUGAUUGAUUCAUUUGAACUGCUGUAUUAUUAUGAUGAAUAUCUGGGCCAUUCAAUGUGGUACAUCCCUUUCUUCCUUAUCCUGUGCAUCUAUUUUUCUGGCUGCUUUAUCCCCAUUAAAGAAGAACAGCAGAGGAUACCUGUGUCUGCUUUACUCCUCAUUGGGCCCAGCAGCCUCUAUUACUGGUACCUUGUCACGGAAGGGCAGAUCUUCAUCCUCUUCAUCUUCACCUUCUUUGCUCUGAUGGCUCUGGUGAUGCACCAGAAGCGGAAAGGCUUGCUCAUGGACAGCAACGGACGCUUCCUUUUCUACUCCUUCAUCAUCACACUGGUAUUGAUCGCCCUGUGGGUUGGCUGGCUCUGGAACGACAAGAUCCUCAGGAAGAAAUACCCCGGCGUCAUCUACAUUCCGGAACCAUGGGCUUUUUACACCUUGCACAUGAGUAACCUGCACUCUGCAAAGGGGGAGAGCAUUUAACUGCUCUGUUGCAAGCACCAUUGAAGAGGACAUGAUGUGUGCAGUGGAUCGGGCCCACAGUACAGAGCAAGAGAAGUUCCUUUCUCACCCCACCCAAAAAAAAAAUUCAAUGGCUAAUCCUAACGUAGCUCAGAUAAAGUGCUGCAUUGUGGUUCUAUGCAGGUUUACAUGGAAACAAGCUCCACUGAGUUCAUUGGGGCCUACUCGCAAAUAAAGCCAGGCCUACUCAGAAAUAAAUGCUAUUGAAUUCAGUGAGGCUUCAUGCCCGCAUAAAUUGGAUUAGGGUUGCAGCCUAUUUCUGUUUAGGAUCACAGCCUUAGUCUGUAAUAAGGGCAUGUGUGGGUUGUACAGAGAAUUAUUUACACCCAUUGGGACCCACCAUUGAACCUGAAAUAUUUGUCUGCUUGAGCUCUAGAUUUCUGAGUGUUCUUCAUCCUUCUAGUUCCUAUGGCUGAUAAGGUAACCUUGUAAACACGUCAGCAGAGUCUGUGAGGAUCUCAGAAGCCAGAGAGGAUCAUCUCCAGCAGGCCUCCCAUGGUCAGAGCAGGUUCAGUGCUAUGCAUACCCACUUGUUCCCUGUUUUCCUUCCUGUGUCCCACAGAAUAAACUAUGCAAAAGAGAAGUGAAUCUGCUUCUUUCGUACAGUCUAGCUUAGUUCUCGCUGCCUUUUUCUUAAAGCCCAGGGUUUGGAGAGCCCACCAAUGUCUGCUUUUGGUUUUGAGAGCAGCUGCUGCUGAAAAUUUCAGUGGGAGUUGCUUUUUUGUUUUUGUUUUCUUCAUUUUAAUGGAUUUUGAAAUGCCCUCUGAUCAUUUUGAAGGAGGAAGAAUACUGUUGAUCCCACUGGGGACCCCACUUCUUAAAUCACUCCACAGGGCCCUGCAGGGCUCACCAUCUGAAGCAGCUGGAGGGCACCAGGUUGGGGAAGGCUGUAGAAGAGGCAGAUGCGUGCACGCGCACACACAGCCAUGUUCAGAACCUGAUCCUAAAGCAGAACCUCAAGAAUGGCCACUGAGGCAUACUGCACAGCUCUCAUCACGGUCUCAUCAGGAAGGCUAAAUUUUUGCCACUUGUCGAAAUGGAUCCUUCUUCCUUGCCGCAUGCCCUCUUUGUUCCACUGUCCGUUGUCCUCUCUAUGCUUUUCCUCCCCUUUGAUACUCAGGUAGAAAAUUUUUAAUUCUAAGGGAGGUGCACGGUUAUUUCUUCGAAACUUUUUAAGGACUUGUUGAGUAGAACUUUCCUUUGUAACCUCAAAUUCCUGGACCGAACCUUCAUUGACUGUUCACCUUCCAUGACUUUGCCUUGUGUACAUUUAUCCUGAGUGUGAUCCAAACUAAGUGGAUGUAAAAGAGUUCGUUGGCAGAGAAAUAAAAGUUUGCUAAAGUC